AUGAAGCUAUCUCUAGCCCUCUUGGGCCUCAACACCGCCUACAAUGCUGCCAUUGUCUCUGCGGCCCCCCUUGAAAGCUGGUCCACCAAAUCCGGUGCUUCAUCGUCCGCAGUGGACAUGUUCAAUACAGCAAUCGAAUGGAACGACAAGUAUUGGGACGACGAGGCCGGUUAUUUGAUCGCAUCAUCUGAGGGCCCUGGACGCUACGAUAGUCGACACACGGCAUGGUAUGCGCCUCAAUUGCUUGCCAGAAAUGGGCCGGGCGAUGUCGCGAAGGCCAUUCGUAUCUUCGACAAUGUGAUCUCGGGCCAAUAUCUGGACCCAUCUAAGCAGUGGUAUGGAGACUACCAGGGAGCACCUUCUGAGCCAGAGCCUGGGACACUGGUGUAUCCUGACGAUGGACCAUACAGUUCGUGGGAUCCAAACGUCCGUGAUUUCGUGGGCUGUGCUUGGAUUGUGGCAUUGAACGACUACGGCCACCUGCUGCCAGCAGCGACGGUCUCCAAAGUGGAGAAGUCCUUGCACAUCGCGGCAAGAGGCGACUUGUACCGCGUUGGAGGUGUUGAUGGCGACAACUCUUAUCCUUGUUAUUCCAAUCCCUGGUUGAUGCGAACCAUCCUUCAAAACUGGGUCGGUGCACGAGUCGGAGAUGCGAACCUGACAAAGUCCGGCGAGAACUUUGCACAAGAGAUAUACGAUCUCUGGAGCAUGCACCAUACCCUGUCUGAGUUCAACUCUCCAACUUAUGCCGGAGUCGCCAUGUGGGCUCUCGCUCUCUGGAACCAGUAUGGAACAAGCGACAGUUUGCUGAAGAAAUAUGGUCCUGAAAUGCUCACCUAUAGUUGGGAAGAGCUCGGUCAGCUCUACAACGCCAAUCUCAAGAACCUUGCUGGUCCAUGGGAUCGCAGCUAUGGCUAUAAUAUGAACGAAUAUGCCUCCCUGAUCGGCGCUGUUAUCUGGGGUGCUAUUGGGCGUGAAAAAGCCCCUGUCCCUAAAAACAUGCUGGCGAUGUAUCACCAAGACGAUUUCGCCUUCUAUCCUUUGUUUGCUCUUUCAACACCGGAAAUGGUGAAGUAUCUGCCAGCAAAGGUCAAGACAAAUCUGCUCAAAUUCCCCGGCGAGCACAUGUAUACUUCACAAGCUUACUCGCCACCCUUUGACACAUAUCCACGAAACAUCACUACAUGGAUGUCCAAGAACGUGACAAUUGGCGCAGAGACUAUCGCCGAGCAUGUUGUCGGAGGGCCGAGUAUCAACCCCAGUCAAUUCACACCUGCCGUCAUCCAGUGGGCAAUUGAUGAUCACCAGAUUGGUUGCAUCUCCCACUGGGUAACAGAGUCUUCUAUCCAUGCUGUGGCCGCCCCUGGAAGUCUCAAGAUCUCGUACCCAAAUGCGACAUCUACCAAUGGUCCUGUUUCUUUCAACUUCCUUUUCAGUGGCCUCAAUGUCAACAACGGAUUCAACGUUACUGGACUAGAAGGUGUCCCUGGGUUGAAUGUCAAGUUGACAACGAAUGCCUUGUCAAAUUACACUAUGACAUAUAACACCGAGCAUUCUGUUAACGAGUUCAGCUUCUACAACAUCACAUAUACGAUGCCUGAGAGCUUUGCUGGAGUCCCAUUUGUGUCUCUCCACAUUGUCUAA